GUCUUCUUCGCCAACCCGUGUCAACCUUGGCAGUGUCAAAUCAGCUGUUUUCAAAGAACUUGAUCAAAGAACGAUUUCGGGCGGACAAAUUGACGGACCCGCCGCUCGGUAGAUUGGUUGGUUGGGCAAAAUGGAAAAGAAACUGAGCUUAUUCGCCCCCGAGUACCGGAAGCAGUUCCUGUCGCUAUUCGCUGUUCAUCUGCUGACGGUGUCCUACGGAAUGACGGUCGGAUGGACGGCUCCAAUCCUGCCGAUGCUGAGAGAUCCCCUGGAAACCCCGCUGGAUGGAGGAGCUAUCACCGUUGAGGAAGCGUCCUGGAUUGGAUCGUCCUUCGGCAUCGGUGGAACCAUGGGGACGUUUCUGUUUGCUCUCAUUACCCACUACUUCGGCAAGAAGAUAGGACUGCUCUCCGUUGCCGUGCCACACCUCAUUCUUUGGAGCCUAAUUUGGAUGGGUGAAUCGGUGAGUUUCAUCUAUGCUGCUCGAUUUUUGGGUGGUCUUAGCGGAGGAGGUCUGUUUUUGAUAAUUCCACUGUUUGUGGCUGACAUCGCCGAUCGAAGAAUCCGGGGAACGCUCGGUUCGUUAACUUCGCUGCACAUGAACAUCGGCAUCCUGAUAUCGUACGUGCUCGGGAACUACCUGCCCUAUUUUCUGAUCCCGAAGAUUGCCCUGAUCCUGCCGAUAAGCUUCCUGAUUUUGGUAAGCAUGCUGCCGGAAACGCCUCAUUGUUUGCUGGCGCGGGGGAAAUUCGUCGAGGCGGAAAAAUCCCUCAUGUUCUACCGGAACGAGCCGAACCGGGGAAGCCAAUCGGGGGACCAAGCGCCCGGAACCAAGAGCAUUGCCUUCGAGUAUGAAUUCGAGAGCCUGAAGGCCUUCAUGCUGGCCGAGAGCAGCAAAGAACGGUUGCGGUUGGCCGAUUUUGGCACUCGCGAAGCUGUGCGGGGACUUUUCAUUGGCGUUUUCCUGAUGGCUUUGAAUCAAUUUAGCGGAAUUUUCUCGAUCCUGACGUACGCCGGGACAAUUUUGCAAGAAACGGGAACAUCGCUGGACCGAAAGUAUGCACUCAUUAUGCUGGCGGUGGUCAAUAUUUGCGGCAACCUAACCGCUCUUUCCGUCAUCGACCGAGCCGGCAGAAAGGUUUUCCUGUCUGCCUCAACAAUCGGUGUAGGCUUCUCGCUCGGGAUGUUGGGAAUGUACUCGUAUUUCUCGCAACCUCCGGCCGGACAACCGGUGGCCAACUCCUGGGUGCCGAUCUUCUGUUUAUCCUGUACGAUUUUCAUUGGCACGUUGGGAGUCACCAGUGUGCCAUUCUUCGUCAUACCGGAAAUCAUGCCAGCCAAGCUCCGUCACGUUGGGACCACCAUCUGCGUAACGAUGAUUGCGUUCUUUUCGUUCAUCAUGACCAAGUUGUUCCCGAUUCUGCUGAACCAGAUCCAGGUGCAUGGGACGGUUUGGAUUUCGAGUGCCGUUUGUGCCAUCGGAGUCAUCGUGGUUAUUUUCGUCAUGCCAGAAACAAAGGGACGCAAUUUGCACGUGGAGCCCGAGAAGUCUUCCCGAACGGCUGAGGUUUACUAGCGAUGAUGGGAAAAGCCGGAAAAUUUCAUCCGCGCGGCCGACGGCACGUGCAGUUUCCGAUAUCAACAGCUGAAUGACGACAGGCGGUGAGUUUUGAGCUCAAUGACAUCCUUCGAGUGAUAGAUAGUACUUCGAAUAAAACAAGAUUAAACAUUUUGGGAAUUGUGAUCUGCGUUGUUCUGAUUUGUCUAUUAAUAAUAUAAAGGGUUUAUAAGCUCAAACAAAAUACACAGCAAUGGCAAAAUUUUUAACA